AUGGACAAACUCCUCAAGCCUGACCGAUUUGAUGUAGAGCCAGAAAGUGAUGGUGCAGAAGAACAAUGGCUGCAUUGGUACCAGACUUUUACCAACUUCCUUGAGGAAUGUGACUCUAAUGCAACAAAUGAAAAGGAACACUCAAGCGUUGAAGUCUCAUUUGGGGGUAAGAAACCUACGCUGAAGGUGUGCGGACUUACAGCAGCUAAGGUUGCACCCGUCCACGUGUUUUCAAACUUAACUCUUGACUGUAGACCUAUUGCAGUUAAGUCACGACGUUAUUCAGAAGAAGAUUCGAAAUUCAUAAAAGAAGAAACUGAACGCUUGUUGAAAGAGGCCAAGAAGUACAACUUAACUCUGAACAUGGAAAAAUGCUCUUUUGCACAAGACAAAAUCCAUCUGUUAGGAUAUGUAAUAACAAAGAACGAAAUCCGUCCUGAUCCAGACCGUCUUCAGCCGCUCUUGAAACUACCACUUCCUCAUGAUGGCCAAUCAUUGCGUCGAACCAUGGGCAUGUUCGCUCAUUAUUCAGACUUUAUCAAGAGUUUUUCAGAGAAGAUUCAGCCCCUUUCAUCGACUAAAAGUUUUCCAUUAUCAGAAGAAGCAAUUAACUCCUUCAAUGAAUUGAAAAAUGAAAUAGUAACUGCAACUAAAGCCCCAAUCCAAAAUGACAUACCAUUUACAGUUGAGACCGAUGCAUCUGAGUUUGCAAUCGGCUCAACCUUGUCACAAGCAGGACGUCCAGUAGCUUUUUAUUCGAAAACAUUAUCAAAAUCUGAAAAGAACCAUUCUUCUGUUGAAAAAGAAGCUCAAGCAAUCGUAGAAUCUCUUAAGAAGUGGAGACACUAUCUUAUUGGCCGGCCAUUCCUACUCAUUACAGACCAAAGAUCAGUUUCUUUCAUGUUUGACAAUAAAAGAUUUGGAAAAAUAAAGAAUGAAAAGAUACAACGUUGGCGUUUAGAACUGUCUUGUUUCAAGUAUGAUAUCGUAUAUCGACCAGGCAAGGAAAAUGGAGUUGCAGACACCAUGUCACGAUUGUGUGGAACGAUUUGUGGUCGUCCAAACUUAAAUGAUAUCCACACGAGCCUGUGUCACCCGGGAGUGACAAGAUUUUACCACUGGAUUAGAUCGAAAAACUUACCUUUUUCACUGGAAGAAGUUCGUCGUACUACAGCUCAAUGUCGAAUUUGUGCUGAACUUAAGCCUAGGUUUUGUAAAUAUGAAGGUACGUUAAUCAAAGCUACAGCACCUUUUGAGCGACUAAACUUAGACUUUAAAGGACCAAUUCCAAGUGCUACGCAAAAUAAAUACAUAUUAACUGUUGUAGACGAGUAUUCACGAUAUCCAUUUGCUUUCCCCUGUAGAGACAUGACUUCCAGUACCGUGAUUGAGAAACUGAAAGAAAUGUUUACAAUUUUUGGUAUGCCUUCAUUCAUUCAUUCAGACCGAGGAACGUCAUUAAUGUCAGACGAAUUAAAGUCUUUCUUACAAACUCAUGGUGUUGCGUCAAGCCACUCUUCUGCUUAUAAUCCUAGAGGGAAUGGCCAAGUAGAGAGAUUCAAUGGCACUAUAUGGAAGACUGUUAUGCUUGCCCUCAGAACCCAAGACCUACCCGUAAAGUAUUGGGAAUCAGUUCUUCCUGAAGCACUUCACUCAAUAAGAUCAUUAUUAUGUACAUCAACCAAUACAACACCUCAUGAACUGAUGUUUAAGCACCCCAGAAGAUCGUAUUAUGGAGGUUCAGUUCCAAGCUGGCUGUCACAACCCGGCCCAGUGCUGUUGAGAAAGCACAACAGGCCCAGCAAGUAUGACUCACUUGUAGAAGAGGUAGAACUUAUUCAAGCAAAUCCAGGUUAUGCUCAUGUGAAACUCCCAAAUGGACAAGAGAAGACAGUAUCCAUAAGAGAUCUGGCCCCAGCACCUGGACAAUCAUCUUUAGAAACAGACUACCAAUUGCCAGAAACAUGUGGAAAUGAACAAGUUAUUCAAGAACCGGAGGUUUCAUUUGAUCAAGAACAAGUUGAAAAUGAUUCUAGUGGGACAUUAAGUGACACGAAUGUACCAGUUGAACAUGCAAACAGUUCUUGCAAAGACUCAAGUUCAGUGCCUUCCAAAACGCAUCCACAGCAUUGCGCUGAUCUAAAUUACUCGGCUGGCAAAUUCCUCGAGAGGUUGAUCCGUUCCCAGCUGAAUUCAACCGUGGUCGCUGCGAGGGACCUGUACCCUCGUCAGGAUGGAUUCAGGAUGUGGCGAUCUACGGUUGACGCUAUUGAGGAGGUGAGGCAAGCCGUGGUGAGAUCUGAGGAUUUUAACUACUACUCUCGUAGGGUUCAGGGUUGUGCUGCUCGUACACUCGAUGUGCGAAACGCAUUUAAUUCUGUGAGGUGGUGUGGUAUGCUGGACGCUCUGAAGAACACCUUCCACGUUCCGGCAUAA